AUGAAAAUUUCUCUAAUUUUUUUUUUGUUGUCUUUUUUAAAUGUACUACUGAAUGCUUUUGGUGAAAAUUUGUUAACCGAAAAAAAGACAUUUGUUUUUUCUGGUGAUUUAUAUUUAAACAGUAAAUAUUCCAAAGGAAGUGAAGUAGAUAAAAAUAAAAAAGAGAAUACAAAAAGUGACGUGGCUAAAGUUAUUGAAAAACAUGAAGAAAUGAAAGAAUCAGACAAAAAUGUUAAAAACAUUGUUAAUGAAGCUACUAACAAAAUUAAAAAAAAAAAUAAUGUAAAUGAAUUGCCAUCAUCUGGCCUCAAUGAAGAAGAAGAGGAAGAAGCAAAAGAAGGCAGUGAAUUUUUGUCUAAUGAUUUAGAGGAAGCUGCUGAAAAUUUUGCAUCUUCUGACCAAAAUGAAAAUAGUGUAGAAAAGGAAAAUGAAUUAAAAAAUAUUAAAAAAUAUCAAGCAGAGGUUAUUAAUUCAAUGAGUCAACCAGAUCUUUACAAAAAAUUUGAUGUAGAUGAAUUAGAAAAAUUAGAACAUGCAAUGGAUGAUUCAGAUGAUAUGUGCGAUCCUGAUUACUCUUUACCAUGUCCUUUAAAUUUCUUUCGUACAAGUUCGGGUUGUGUUCCUUUAAACACUUAUGAAGGUCCUUGUAAUAAGAUACAAGAUAAAUUAAUGUAUUUAUAUGAUAACCAAAAAGAGAGUUGGGGAGAUAUAUGUGAAGCUAAUUGGCCAUGUAUCCCGUUAAAAUGCCCAUUUGGUGUUGAUUACAAUUCAGUUUGUCCAAUUCAAUGGGAAGAUGUUGGAAAAGGUAUUUGUAGGAGUAUAUAUAAAAAUAACAAAUGCCCAAAUGAUAUAAACUUUUCUAAAGCAACUAUUAAGGAAAAAAAGAAGUUAGAAAAGGAAUGUGGAAUAAGAUGGAAAUGUAAGUCAGUUACUUAUAUAACAAAUUUUGAUUCUAUUUGUCCAUUAAAUUGGACAAAAAUUGAUGAGAAUAAAUGCAAAGCACCAGAUGAUUAUAAUGGCCCUUGCCCUAAAGUUUCUAAUUUAAAAAAAUACAAUACUGAAGAAUUAAAAAAAAGAAUUGAAAAUGCAUGCUUAGUUAAUUGGCCUUAUACUAUUAAAGUUAAUGAAUAUCAAAGAGAUUAUAAUGCGCAUUGUCCAAUUGGAUGGUCUUUAAUGGAUAAUGGAUUAUGCCAAUCACCAGAAAAUUAUCAGAAAAAUUCAAAGUGUAGUGAUGAAGUUUCAUUUGUUGAUAUGAAUUCACAACAAAAGGAAUCUUAUUCUAUUGCUUGUAAUGUUGAUUUUCCUUUUAAGGACAGAGAUGAAUGUAAGCGCGAUUACUCAUUUGAGUGCCCUCUAGGAUGGAUACCUACUAAUAACAAAGGGUAUUGUAAAGCACCAAUUAACUAUAAAAGUAAAUUAUGUAAAAAAUAUUCAAAAUUUAAAAAUUUGUCUGAUAAUUAUAAAAAUUAUUAUUUAAAAUCAUGUAAUAUUGAUUGGCCAUGUGAAGGAGAAAUUCAAAAUUCAUUGAUUUAUACAAAUAUGAGUAUAAAUUAUUCUAUUGGUAACUCCAGAAAAUCUAAUAGGGCAGUUGACUCAGAAACAGGAUCAGUUAUUUAA